GCACAGCACAGCACAGCGCAGCUUGCACUUACUGAAGCUGCUGAACGACGUCGAAAUUCGAGACGCAACUCGCUAGUUACUGAGUUCAGUUUUUCUCUGAGAAAUGCACACCUUACUUCAGCACUUCUGUGAACAGCUUAAGGCGUCGGUUUGGUCUGCACCUGCUGGCUGUGUUGUUCUUGCCAUUGUGUUGUCGCAAUUCACUCUGUUUUUGGACGAUCGCUAUACUCAAGAUGCUUCAGGAUGGUUUUUCAUUACGAAUUCCCAGGGGAUGUCCGAUUUGCUUUCUACCAUCGCGACUUCUUCUCUUUCCUUAGCAGGUCUAUCGUUUUCUAGCAUCAUGGUGACCAUGACGCUAGCUUCCGGGCAGUUCGGCCCACGGUUGUUGCGAAAUUUCAUGAAGGAUAGGACGAGCGGAUACACGCUUGGAACCCUUAUGGGAACGUAUACAUACUGCCUGUUUAUUAUUCGUGGACCACCAGUGGAAGAGGUGGACGACAAACCUUUUGCACCGCAGAUUUCGGCGUUCGUAGCGACAGUCCUUGCACUACUCAGUCUCGGAAUUUUUAUUAGAUUUGUGCAGCAUACGCUUCUAAUUAUUCAGGCAGAGAAUGUCGUUGCUGAUGCACAUCUUGGCCUUCUUGAAACUAUUCGAAAUGUAUUCCCCAAUCCCGACGACGGAAAGGUACAAGAGCGCAUACAUGAUCCGGACGACGAUGAAGGUUGGCCAAUCAAGUCUGGGAGGAGCGGCUACGUCCAAGCCAUCGACAAGAUGUCCUUGGUGCAAAUUGCGUCUAGUGAAAGUGCCAAGCUGUACUUGUGGGUCCGUGCUGGAGACUUUAUCUCUUCCGCUGAGACAAUUGUACGUGUUAUAGAAGGGGAACCGGAAGAAAAACUGACAAAAGAAACAAUACAAAGAAUCCAGCAGUGUAUUUAUGUCGGAAGAAAUCGCACUUCAGAACAAGAUUAUGAAUAUGGCAUUCGGCAGCUUGUAGAGGUUGCCUUGCGAGCACUUUCGCCAGGGAUAAACGACCCUUACACAGCCAUUGACUGUAUCGACUACCUGGGGUCGGGGCUGCAGACAAUCUUUGAACGCCAAUUACCUCAGUCGGUUUACCGUGAUGCGGAGGACAGCAUUCGAGUGAUUUGGCACGUCACUGAUUAUGAAGGACUUGUCUGCGCGGCCGUUGACCAAAUUCGUCAGUCUGCGCGAACAAAUUGCGCCGUUUCGUGCCAUCUGCUCAAAAUGCUGAAAACUACUGCGCUCGUAAGUGACCGCGAAGACCAGCGACGCGCCCUCUUAAGGCAAGCUACAAUGGUCAAGCGUGACACAACCCCCGCAAUGUUCAAUGAUCAUGACAAAAACGCCAUUGAAACCCGAUACAAAGCUGUAGUCAAAGCUUGCCGACUUCCUGAUCCAGAGGACACCAAGAGUGACGUGAAAUCCAACAAAAAAACGCGAGAAGCAACAGAAUAA